AUGGUUACUGGUUCUACAUUUGGAGCAGCAAUCCUUAUCUUCAUCUUCCUCGGCUGGACCUACAUCGGGAUCAAGAGGAAACAGUCAGACUCAUUGUGGGAAGUCAGGAGAGAUGAGCUCAAGUUUGCAGAGCCUAUUGAGGUGCUUGGAAGAGGAACCUUUGGCAUCGUGCUCAAGGCAGAGUACAGAGGGACGAACGUCGCAGUCAAGAGAUUGCUGAUGGGCGACAAGCACACUCAGAUGAAGCAUGAGUUCAUAGAGGAGAUGCGCCUGCUCUCGAAGCUUAGGCAUCCUUGUAUCACUACAAUCAUGGGAGCAGUGGUUGACAGACACGGAGAGCCGAUGCUUGUCAUGGAGUGCAUGGAGUACGGAUCCCUCUACGACCUUCUCCACAACGACACAGCUGUGAUAGAGGGAGAGCUCAUCCUCCCCAUCCUCUGCGACAUCGCGCAAGGGAUCCGCUUCCUCCAUGCGGCUCGUCCGAUGAUCAUACACGGAGACCUAAAGGCACAGAACGUGCUCGUGGACUCGAGCUUUCGCGCAAAGGUCGCAGACUUCGGUUUCACGCAGAAGAAGCGAUUUGGUAGGCGGACGAAGUCGACCUUCGGCACUCCUCUCUGGAUGGCGCCGGAGCUGCUAAGGGGAGGGCAGAGCACGCCAGCCUCGGACGUGUACGCCUUCGGCAUCCUCCUCUCAGAAGUCUACAGUAGAAAGGAUCCGUACGAAGGGGAGGACAUAGCGAAGGUGCUGGAGGAGGUCGCAAAUGUUGACAGAGAGGUAGAGAAAAGGCCUUACAUUCCGCCCGCUGUUCCCAAGGACGCAGCGAGCUUGAUGAAGGACUGCUGGAACAAGCAUGCGGAAGCUCGGCCGCACUUUGACGAGAUCGAGAGGAGGCUGCGAGCUCUG